GGACGUGCCGGCGCCUAUAAGAGCCGGAGCGCUGCGGCCGGAGCCUAUUGUUAGCCGGAGCCGGGGCGGUUCUGGGCGUCUGCUACCGGGGGCGCCCGAGUUGCUGGAGCCGCCCGCCCUCCACCGCCUGCCGGCCGACCUGCCCACCCGCCCUCCCUCCCAGACCUGCCGCCCUGGGAACUCCCCGACCGUCGCCGCGGGCCCGGGACUCGCUAUCUCCUCUCUCCUUCCCACCCGGGCUAGGGCGGCGGCGGCGGCGGCAUCGGGGGCGGCAGAGACCAACACGGGAGGAGGCAGCAGCGGCGGGGCCGGGGCUGGUGGUUGGCCAGCUGGGCCCAAUUUUAUGGAGAUGUAUGAGAUUGAAAAGGAGUCGGGCUUUUCAAGGCAGUGCCGAUUCUAAUCUUCAGUCCAUUCUUCAGAACGGAAUUUGACCUUUCUAGCAGCCUGAUGAGAAACUUCACCCUUGUAAAGAUCUGGGUGUAAGUGUUUUCCUGGGCUUCUGAUAAACUCUGAACUCCAGAGCCUAGAGCAGUAUUUGUCCCAAAGUGUGUUCCAAGAAUCACUUGCCCACCCGCAGUGAGACACUAUGGAAACAGAGGGUUCCAUGAUCAGGUGUGGGGACCCCUGCGCUAUGUUUGCUCUCACCCUUCACCACGCUCGUUAGCAUAGUAAAAGCCUCCAAGCUGUCCUGUCAUUAGCAUUCUUCUAAACUAUUUGGACACAGCGGUCCUAUUUCCACGUAAAGCUAUUAAUAUCCGUGGAACUAGUUGGUUUAAUGUAUACACUUUGGGAAAAGCCAGGCUAAAUUUUCACUAGGAAAAAUAAUUGGAUCUAGUCUGGGUUUGGGCCCAGCCUAAUUCUGCCUGUGAUCUCCAGUCCCUGGUGCUGGCCCCUUGGAGAGCUCUCCUGUGUGCGCUCAGGAGCCGCUCCCGUUAUUCCCGGGCUAAUGAAACCCAGAGCCCAGCUGGCCUGGAACCAGAGGCCUUCACUCUGCUCAGAAAGGUGCUGCUGUUACUCAUCUCAUUAUUUUAGAGCGACUGAGACUGGAGGGCCUGAAGGGAAAUAAAAGUAGGAAAAUGUUGGCCAGAAUAAGUAGAGAAAUGACCUUGUCUCGAGAGACCAGACAUCAGUGCUAGCUCAGGGACUUACUUUCUUCAUUUGGAGAGCUGUAUGUAUAGACUUGGGAGGGGUCUGGCUCAGAACAGGAAUGCUGAUUCCUCUUUUCCCCUGGGCAGAAUCCUAAUGCGCCUGACUAACCGGUGGUGAGCAGGGCCUUUGGGGCCAACGUGGUGGGCUCCCCAAGGAAACCCCUUUGAAACCAAUGGAUGCAUUCACGGGAUCGAGUCUCAAGAGGAAGUUUGAUGAUGUGGAUGUGGGCUCAUCGGUUUCCAACUCAGAUGAUGAGAUCUCCAGCAGUGACAGUGCUGACAGCUGUGACAGCCUCAAUCCUCCUACAGCUGCCAGCUUCACACCCACAUCCAUCCUCAAGCGACAGAAGCAACUGCGGAGGAAGAAUGUCCGCUUUGACCAGGUGACUGUAUACUACUUUGCCCGGCGCCAGGGUUUCACCAGUGUGCCCAGCCAGGGAGGGAGCUCGCUGGGCAUGGCCCAGCGCCAUAACUCUGUGCGCAGCUACACGCUCUGUGAGUUUGCUCAGGAGCAGGAGGUCAACCAUCGGGAGAUUCUUCGUGAGCAUCUGAAGGAAGAGAAACUCCAUGCCAAGAAGAUGAAGCUGACCAAGAAUGGGACGGUGGAGUCGGUGGAGGCUGAUGGCCUGACCCUGGAUGAUGUCUCAGAUGAAGAUAUCGAUGUGGAAAAUGUGGAGGUGGACGAUUACUUCUUCCUGCAGCCCCUGCCCACCAAACGGCGACGGGCUUUGCUCAGGGCUUCAGGGGUGCACCGCAUUGAUGCUGAAGAGAAGCAAGAACUUCGAGCCAUCCGCCUGUCACGUGAAGAGUGUGGUUGUGACUGUCGCCUCUAUUGUGACCCAGAAGCCUGUGCCUGUAGUCAGGCUGGGAUUAAAUGCCAGGUGGACCGCAUGUCCUUUCCAUGUGGCUGUUCGAGGGAUGGCUGUGGGAACAUGGCCGGGCGCAUUGAAUUUAAUCCCAUCCGGGUCCGGACUCAUUACCUCCACACCAUCAUGAAGCUGGAGCUGGAGAGCAAGCGGCAGGUGAGCCGCCCACCGGCCCCCGACGAGGAGCCCUCACCCACGGCCAGCUGCAGCCUGACGGGAGCCCAAGGCUCAGAGACACAGGACUUCCAGGAGUUCAUUGCUGAGAACGAGACGGCAGUGAUGCACCUGCAGAGCGCAGAGGAACUCGAGCGGCUCAAGGCAGAGGAAGACGCCAGCGGCUCUAGUGCCAGCCUGGACUCCAGCAUAGAGAGCCUGGGCGUGUGCAUUCUGGAGGAGCCCCUGGCUGUUCCCGAAGAGCUGUGCCCGGGCCUGACAGCCCCCAUUCUCAUCCAGGCUCAGCUGCCCCCAGGCUCCUCGGUCCUGUGUUUUGCUGAGAACUCCGACCACCCCACUGCCUCAGCAGUGACCAGCCCAUCCUAUUUGAACAGCGGGCCCCUGGUGUAUUACCAGGUGGAGCAGAGGCCAGUCCUGGGGCUGAAAGGAGAGCCCAAUACAGAAGAAGUCCCACCCUCUUUCCCCAAGGAGAAGGAUCUGAAUGUCUUCUCCCUCCCGGUUACCUCACUGGUGGCUUGCAGCCCCACAGACCCAGCUGCCCUGUGUAAAUCCGAAGUGGGGAAAACGUCCACUCUGGAAGCGCUAGUGCCCGGAGAUUGUAACACUGAGGAGCCUGAGAAUGAAGACUUCCGCCCUUCGUGGUCCCCCUCGAGCCUCCCCUUCCGCACGGACAAUGAAGAGGGCUGUGUGGUGGAGAAAACCUCCCAGCCGAGUGAGGACAGGCCCCCGGAAGAUUCUUCGUUAGAACUCCCUCUGGCAGUCUGACGUGGGGAUGGAGAGUCCACCUCUUACCCAUUCUCUAUUUAUUCCCUUAUUUUAUCUAACACCAUUUCAAAACAAAACUGUAGAAGCAGCUGCUACUCCCAUGUUAUUUUAUUGGGGUCGGGGGGGAGGGAUGGGUGGGAAAGAAUUGUUUGUAAAAGUAUUUUUUAAAGGGUAAACGGAACCAAGGAGACCAGUCCCAGCUCAGUCUGGGGAGUGUCUUGGGGCAGAGGCGGCUGCACAGUGCCGUAUACUGAGCCUUCUGGGCCCCUGGAACAAAGGAGGAGGAUCUCCCAGGAGAAGUUAGGUAAUUCAAGCAGCUAUUCGUUCCAUAGGGACCAGAACACAGUGAUUUGAAUGGCAUGACAAAGCCCCUUCUCCUUUCCCAAGCUCCAGGUGGGGUACAAGCUCAUUUUCUCAUCAAUCACCCCGAUACCCCUCUUGGGUGGUAUCAUCAGCUGGAGUAUCUGGUCAGAUCUAGAGUGGAGCAGAUGGAAGGGUCUCUGCUCCUGUAGAAAACCUCCAGGAUUUAUGAAAAUUUAACCUGCCUUCCCUGGCCCCCCAUUUGGUAAAUAAGUUAAUAUUUGACCUGUUUGGUGUUCUCUGACCUGUUCCCCACACUGGGGAUACCCGGUCUGUAACUUGAAUUAUUUCUUUCAUGUGUUCUUAGGUACUAAAGUUAAACUUGGCUAUUUAUCUUUCUUUCCCCUUCUGUCCUUUUCCCUUAAAGAAAAAGCUAGAUUAGCUGGGGAUGUGGCCUGAAGAGCCGGAGUCCCCUGUCUAAGGCCCGCUCUGUCAGGCACUUUUAGGCUGGGACUCACACAUCCCACGGGAGGCAUAUA